AUGAGCCAGCCGACCUCCCUCGCCCGCUUCGUUCGCUUUUGCUACUCUCUGAUUUUACUCAUACGUGCAUCGAUAGACCCAACAAACUUUAUUACGCAAGCGUUGCGACAGAGAGCCUUCUUGUACUCAGCCUUUUCUAAAACGAAUCGAGACGGGAGCAUGGGGAAGCGUAAGGCUGAAGAUGACGAAUGGGAGCUGUUCAAGGAUGAGAUCCUUGAGCUUUACGCUCAACACCCGCUCCUAAAGGUGAUGCGUAUCAUGGACACCAAAGGAUUUAAGAGAACUAAGGCUCAAUACGAACGGCGCUUAAAUGGUUGGCAGAGCGGCGCCCGGAAGAACGUAACCAAGGCUGAGUGGAAAUUUAUCGUGCAGCAGUUGCAACACCGCAAGUCCGAGGGUAAAGCAUCGGUGGUGGUAGUGCGCGGCUUCCAGGUACCACAGACACGGCUUGCCAAGCAAGGCAAGAUGCACGCUUACCAAACUGCGCUAGAACGUUUCGCACCUGAUCUUCAGGUCAAGGCUAUGGCCGAGGUCGAAGUUCACACACCUCGUGAACGGUCACCUGCUCCCGAAUUGACUCGACGGAGAGUUUUGAACCUCUUCCGCUGCAUGCAACAGCUUCCAUGGUGGCAUGUUGCUGACAGAAUUGAUGACAUGCUUCACAUUUACCGUGGAACCCACCCGACAGUGCCACCGGUCAGCUCGCCGCGUUCAGCACCACGCAACGCGAAAAGGACCAAAAUUCUCUUCAGUCUCUUCUCACAAACCCGGAUCACUGUCGGGGACAACUUCUCUAAUCCUUCCAAUGACGUGAGCAGAGAGAAUUCGGCUACCGCAUUGGCAAAAUUGAAAGAGCACCUACAGUUAUUACGGAUAGGGCGCGGACCUACCGCCAACGAAACCAAGUCAGAUGUUACUAUCAAGACAACUCAGUUGGAAAUGUUCAAACUCGUUAUAGGAUUGGUUUCCAAUAACUGCAAUGUUGGGGAUCUUACGUGGAUGAUCAUGGGUUUCCUUGACAACCCACAAAAUCUUGAAUUUCUCAAGCGUGUACUCGCCCUGAACUUGGCUUCUACCAAUGCUGUUGCUGAGAAACUACUAAGCUGGUCGAUUCGAAGCCGAAGCGGUGGGAACCCAGCUCUAGUAAAAGUUCUUCUGGACGCUGGCGCUGACGCCAAUUACGUCGAUUCUUUUGGAUCAUCUUUGCUGAAUUAUGCAUCAGUUGUUUCACACCGCGACACAAAUUACGCAGUCUGCAAGAUGCUCCUUGAUGCCGGAGCAGAUGUAAAUCAUCGGAAUGCGCUUGGUGGAUCCUCCCUUUUGACAGCAUGUGUCACAAGAAACUAUGCUCUAGUCGAGCUACUUCUGAGAUACGUGCCUGAUAACAGCUAUAUGGAUCUGAUAUUGUCCCAUUAUUUUAGGGACAAAGCAAUCUGGAGACUGCUUCUGGACGCGGGAGCGGAUAUCAACUUCCAAGAUCAGCAUGGUCGAUCUCCACUAUGGCAUGCGUGUCAAGCCGGGAAUGGUGCUCUGGUCAUAUUGUUUCUUGACCACGGAGCUGACGUUGAUCUCCACCAUGAAGCUCAGGGAACCCCUCUAUACCAUGCAACAUCCCGGUGUAGCGGCGCAGUUAUCUCGAAACUGUUGGAUCACGGAGCUCAUUUCGGAACGAAAGUACCAUCAUUCGUAACAUUGAUUGAAGACCACGGGUACGACAUAGCAGAACGACUGAUUCAAUCUGCCCUAAUGUCGCCAGGGUACUCGCCAAAUGUUGCGACCAGUGCCUUCGUUAACGCAGCUUGGAAGGGCAAAUUGGAGACUUUGACAUAUCUCGCCACUUUACUGCCGGAACCAUUGAAGGAGUUGAGACUGAAUUCAUGGCUACUAUUUGAGGCAGCCGCCUUUGGGACGGACGCCCGCCAAAUACAUCAUGCAAAUGACGUCUCGGAUGCAGGAUCAAGCGAAAGCGCCGGUGAAGACCCAGAUACUGACGACCACGAGGUUCCAGAUACUAGCGACUCGGAAAACUCAGAUGUCAGCGAUGUGGAAGAUUCCAACGACGGCGACAUCGGAGAUACAUAUGCCACUGACAUUGGCAAUACGAUCGACAAUGACGUCGAGGGCUCAAUAGUCAGUGAUGUCCGAGAUUCAGACACUAGCGACGCGCAAGACUCGAAUUUCAUCGACGUCGAAAUUCCGGACGCCAGCGAAAAUGAAUUAUUAGAAUCCAACGCGAUCGCCAUCAUGGAUUAUCUUCGUCUCAACAGCUUCGACAUCGGUAGUGUGGAUGAUUCUGGAAGAGGCAGUCCACUUUUCUACGCGGCCUUGUGCGGACGUAUCAAAUUGUCACAAUAUCUGCUUGAAAAUGGAGCUAAGUUAGAGAGUUUCGCGAACGGAGACUGGGUACAACUGGUGAUUGAGGCUGAUCCUAAAGCACAAGUGGAUAUCUCGUUACGUUUCCGUAGCUCGGUGAGUUCCCGAAUCCCGCGAAUGAACAAUGACCUUGCAUUCUGGGACGAUGAAGGGGGGCUGGCAAGCUUGGCAUACAAUCAUGCUGCGGAACUAGCACCCAUACAUGCCGCGGCUAUGUGUUCCAACGAGACCAAAGUAGAAGUGACUCAGCUUAUGCUACGUCAUGGCGCAAAUCCGAACCGAUCUGGUGCUGUCUUGCCUAUACAGAUAGCUUCUUUUGCGAGUGGGGAAGAUGCCCGGCUUAUUACAACACUUCUCAAAAGCGGAGCGGAGCCGAACCUCGCAGCCACAAGAAAGGUCGAUAUCUGGUGGUCGAAUACUGUUUCAGACAUAGACUGGAACCUACGCAUCGCCGUUCCGAAUGCACUGCAUAUGGCUUUGAUAAAUGCAGGGGUAGAGGUCUUCGACACCUUGCAUAGAGCGGGUGCCCAACUUCCUCAUUCAUCAUACGCCAUGGAAUACUGCACUUGUGAGGCCAAUUCCUUGGUAGUAACUUCAUCGGUGGGCGAAUCUGAGCGUGCUUUCCAUCGCAAACGCAGUGCUUUCACGCGCUACAAUUCCCACCAAGGGGUUUUGGACGGCGAUUCUGACUCGAGCUGGCUUGACCGAGAUCAGAUGUUCGAUUUUAGCCAAGAUCCAUCUGGGACUAGAGCUAUCAGUUCGGAUACAGUAAAUCACGAUCCGGGCAACGAACAGUGUCCCUACAGUGAUGAGACGUGGUGGAAUCCUCUAUAUCAGAUACUAUACGAAGGAGGCGAAGACCAUUUCUCCAUGGUGCUUGCAAUACUGUCACCGGAUCAAAAAGCGCGGUGGAUGACAAGCAAAUGCUUUCAGUAUGCUCUGACAUUAUUCGAAUGGGAAUUCGUUACUCGACACAUCAAUAGUAACAAUUUCCCUACAUGCGUCAUUCAUCACGAAGCCUUCCUGAUGAAGGCCAUUGGAAAGGCUGACGAGCGUUUGGUGGACCUUUUGAUCAAGAGUGGGAACCUGCCACAUGCUACCCUGCAACGCGGAUUUCUUCGCGCGGCGGAACUUGGUCACACCAAGCUAGUAGAGUCCUUCCUCGCGUCCGGAUGCUGUCCUGACAGCAAGGUUGAGCUACUCAUCGGGAAGGUGUUCUCAGCUAAUGAAGGUAUACCAUUCUACCGCAGUCCCCUGGGUCAUGCAUUGAGCAUGGAAGACUGCAUGAUGACAAACAUCUUCCGCAAUCACUAUAGGAACAUAACAUUUGGACUACGCACAUCUGACUGCUCACACCACUUUUCACGCGCUUACGGAGAAGCGAUCCGAUAUGGCGAUACGGAGACUGCUGAAUUGCUGACAAGUGAGGACAAUAUUAGCGAAAUCGAGUACGUCGGCCCUGUUCCUGCUUUAGGAAACACUAAACUGUUCGAAUUCCAUUCGUCGAUUCAGCUUGCGGUUGCGUUCAAACAGUACGAUGCAGUAAACUGGCUCCUUGCCCGAGACGCGGAUCCAAAUAUCCCCAGAGAACCUCAGUAUAGCCCACGGGCAUUCCACUCGCCUUUGCAAUGUGCUGUCAAAGACGGUAACGUCAGCCUAGUCAGGCUGCUGAUAGCGAAGGGCGCUCAUACCAAUGACACGCCAGUUGAAAUACGAGGUGCUACAGCUCUCCAAUUUGCUGCUAUCCUAGGCAACUUUGAACUACUAAACAUACUGAUCAGGGCCGGUGCAGCAAUUGAUGCACCACCAUGUUCCUGGGAAGGACGUUCUGCACUUGAGGGAGCCGCAGAAUAUGGUCGGUUAGAGACGGUUCACUUCCUGUUGGAAGCUGGGGCAGAGGUUCAAGGCCGAAUGAACAUGAACUACAGGAAGACCGUCUAUCGAGCCUGGGUGCAUGGUCAUCGGGUAUUGGCCAAGGCGGUUCAACAGUGGAAGCAAGAGAGGUAUGGGUUGGAAGAUUGCGAGUCGAUCGAUGCUAUCGUCGAGUCGAUGGAUCUAGAGACUUUGGAGCGACAUGGGGAGCCGAAACUGGCAAGGCCCAAAUAUUUCCAGUCUUGCUUGACUUGCAAGUACGGACUUAGGGAAUUCCACAACAGUAUUGCGGCCUCCGGCCCACAGAAGAACAUGUAG